GAGAACAGACUUAGCUAUUUUCCACAUAUCCGGCGAAAAGAGAGUAAGAUGGCUACAGAGGGUUUCCAAACCUUUCGUCUUUGAUUAAAUAUUGUCAUUCUGGAUGAAAAAUAGCGAUAGUAUCACCCCCCACCAACAUACAUCGUGAUGGAAAAGAAUCCCGUCACACGGUGGUCAUAGUGGCACGAGCUUGAAAGUCUCUCGUUACAAACGGUGUUCGUAGCAAGCUAGCUAGUUGUACUGCGUGGGCUAGCCUAGCCUCACCGGCCAGCUGUCCGUCAAAUUCUUUGGGAGAGGUCUAUAAAACACAAAAUGGGGACUCCAGUCAACAUCCAAAACCCCAGUAAGACGUGGGAGCUAAGCUUGUAUGAGCUGCACAGGAGCCCACAGGAGGCGAUCAUGGACAGCACAGAGAUAGCGGUGUCCCCCAGGAGCCUCCACAGUGAGCUGAUGUGCCCCAUCUGUCUGGACAUGCUGAAGAACACCAUGACCACCAAGGAGUGCCUGCACCGCUUCUGCUCCGACUGCAUCGUCACUGCACUCCGAUCAGGGAACAAGGAAUGCCCGACGUGCCGAAAGAAGCUUGUGUCAAGACGGUCCCUGCGCCGCGACUCCAACUUCGACGCCCUCAUCUCCAAGAUCUACCCCAGCCGCGACGAGUACGAGGCCCACCAGGACCGGGUACUGGAGAGACUCAACCGGCUGCACAACAAGCAAGCCCUCAGCUCUAGCAUCGAGGAGGGGCUGCGCAUGCAGGCGCUGCACAGACGCCCCAGAGCCCAGCGAGUGCGCAAACCGGCGCAGGAGAGCGACAACACAACCUUCAGCGGCGGCGAGGACAACGGGGACGCGAGGUCACACCUCUCCCACGACUCUGCGCCUUCCCACGCGCCCCUCCCCCCGAGCCACAUGCCCACUGAGGCCGGGCCCAGCCGGAACCCCAAGCGGCCCAGGGUGUCAGACGAGUCAGGCCCGGAGGUGGAUGGGGGCAGCCCCACGGCCCCGCUCCGCCACCACAAAGAGGGUCCCGGCUCGGAGAUAGAGCUGGUGUUCCGCCCUCACCCCCUGCUGGUCAACACACAGGAGUACAGCCAGACCAGAUAUGUGAAGACCACAGCCAACGCCACAGUGGACCACCUGUCUAAGUACCUGGCUCUGCGCAUCGCUCUGGAGGAGAGGCAAAGAGACAGCCAACCAGAUGCAGCGACUGAGAAAGGGAAAGAGGGAGGGGAGGCGGGGGCUAAGGGAGAGAAAGCAGCAGCAGGAGAAGGGGCCAGCCUGAAGAACGUCAGUGAGAAACAAUACACCAUCUACAUCACCACAUCAGGGGGCCAGUUCUCUACUCUGAACGGCUCCCUGACUUUGGAGCUGGUGAAUGAGAAGUACUGGAAGGUCAGAAAGCCUCUGGAGCUCUACUAUGCCCCCACCAAGGACCAACCGCUUCAACCACCACAGCCACCGCAGCAGAAGUCCCCACAGCCCAAAGAGGGGUGAGGAGGACAGGAGCCCUCCCUCUUCAGCCUUUAUCACUCCCUGUCUCUGACCGCCAACUGAUCAUGUGUGUCGGAGAGACUUUUAAAGAUUUAUGUGUGCUGCGUGUAGCUGCUUCUAAGGUAGUCAUACGGAACAUUCCAUAUAUUGCUGAAGGUCUUCAACUUUGUCCUCAGACUUUGAAGUUUUUCUGUUUUUCCUCAGUAGCUUCAAAUCAAACCUGAGUGUGAAGUUGUUUUUAGAAUUCCUACAAAUUAAAAUGCUGUCUGGACUGGUGCACACACUGCCAGACAACACCUACGUAGUCCAGCCUUCUUUCAAACCUUCACAGACCACCAAGUAUUGAUGCUUGACAUUGCAUCAGGACUGCCACAUUAUGUUGAUACAUCAUUUCAGAUCAGCGUGAGUAAUUUACUUUGGAAACUGUUGUGUGGAGAUUAACUUUUUCCCUUUGAGACAGACUUGGGAUGACCAGAUGUCAUAAAGGAUGGUUGAAUUGAAUAUUAUGCAAGAAUAUACUGCUAUAUAGCAGUAGAUUAGGACUUUUCUAUACUGAAUACAGCUUGCUUUGAAAUUAGUUUAUAAUUGUAACUAUUUAUGACAUGUCUAUUUAAUUUCUUUAAGACAUGACUGAUGCACUAUGCCGCUUAUGGAGGGCGUCAAGUAGCAACGGUUGGUGGAAUUGAGCUAGUUAAUGUGAUUUAUCCUAAGCUUGGACCCAUAGAGGGUCCACAGGGCUUUUUCCUAAUGCUAGCUUCAUACCUUUCACUUCCUUUAUCAAGUCUUACCUGAUGCACUUUAUACACUGAGUAUACUCAACAUUAGGAACACUCCCAACAGGGAUGCUGGCCCAUGUUGACUGGAUGUCCUUUGGGUGGUGGACCAUUCUUGAGACACACAGGAAACUGUUAAGCGUCAGUUCUUGACACAAACAAGUGGGCCUAGCACUUACGAUACCCCGUUCAAAGGUACUUAAAGCUUUUGUCUUGCCCAUACAAUCCAUGUUUUAAGGCUUAAAAAUCCUUUAACUUGUCUCCUCCCUGUCAUCUACACUGAAGUGGAUUUAACAAGUAACAAGGGAUCACAGCUUUCACCUGGAUAGUCCGUCAUGGAAAGAGCAGGUGUUAAUGUUUUGUAUACUCGGUGUAUGUUCUGCUGGCAUAAUGGGUUUUCUUACCUCAGUUUUUCUAUGAUCUUUGUACAAUUAAGGCAAUAUAUCCCACUUGGAACUGUUACUCAGCUUGUUUGUAUUGCAAUUCCUCUUGAUCCAUUCAGCACAAUAAAAAAAAGGCAAGGA